ACAGUCGCUGCAUUGUGACUAUUGCAGGCGAUUGAAUGGCUGCCUCGUCUAGAGAGUGCACAUUCUGUUUUGCUGUAAUUAAUUUUGCGUUAGUUGGUGAUUUACGCGUGAAAUAUUCUCUGCCUCGUAUAAUUUGGAUUAUUGAAAUCACCGCAAUAGUAAUAGCAAUAUACGAAAUUUUGAAAUGGAAAAGAGUGCGGAUGGGUUGUUGUUUCGCGCAGAGAGAAAUAAUGGGGCUGACGAAGGAGCAAUGGAUAUAGUAUCUGCCGAUGAAAGAGUGGCUAUUUUAGAUGCAGGUGCACAAUAUGGUAAAGUCAUAGAUCGAAAAAUUCGUGAACUAAAUGUUCACAGUGAAAUUUUACCUCUUGACACACCUGCAUUUACUCUUCAAGAGAAAGGAUACAAGGCUAUUAUCAUUUCUGGAGGGCCAAGUUCUGUAUAUGCAGAAGAUGCACCUAAAUAUGAUGCAGAUAUCUUUAGAAUAGGUGUACCAGUACUAGGUAUUUGUUAUGGGAUGCAAAUGAUGAACAAGGAAUUUGGUGGUACAGUAAUUCGAAAGGAGGGACGAGAAGACGGUCAGUUCUCAAUUGAUGUAGAUUCCAAGUGCCUAUUAUUUAAGGGCUUGGAGAAAGCACAAAUGGUACUGUUAACGCAUGGGGAUAGUAUAGGUAGGAUGGCUGAUGGUUUUCGUAUCAUUGCCACAUCACCAAACUUUAUAGCAGGAAUAGCAAGUGACAAAAUGAAUUUGUAUGGUGUACAAUUUCAUCCAGAGGUAGAUCUUACAACUAAAGGGAAAACAAUGUUGCAUAACUUUUUGUUUGGUAUUGCUGGCCUCACGGGUAAUUAUACUCUUCAUAAUCGAGAGGCACAAUGUAUUCAGUACAUCAAAGAGACUGUUGGCAACAAAAAAGUUUUGUUAUUAGUGAGCGGAGGUGUGGACUCGACGGUAUGCGCAGCAUUAUUACAUAAAGCUUUAAGCAAAGAGCAAGUCAUAGCUCUGCAUAUCAAUAACGGCUUCAUGCGGAAAGGGGAAACACAAUUCGUAGAACAAAGUUUGGCACAAUUGGGAAUAAGAUUGAAAGUAAUCAAUGCUGCUCACUACUUCAUGCAAGGAACGACGUCUGUCCCCUUGGAUAAUGUCGCUUCAGUAGCUAAUACAAAUGCUAUAAACAAUAAAGGAAUAAGCGGAACAGGAGCUAGUCCGAGAACUAGAUUAACCAAAAUGUUAUGUGCAACAAUUAAUCCAGAAGAGAAACGAAAAAUUAUAGGAGAUGUUUUUGUAAAAGUAGCAAAUGAAGCAAUGGCGGAAAUGGGUUUGAAACCAGAAGAAGUGUUUCUUGGACAAGGCACCCUUAGGCCUGAUCUUAUAGAAAGUGCGAGUACAUUAGCCAGUGGUAAAGCAGACGCGAUAAAAACACAUCACAAUGAUAGUGAACUCGUCAGAGCGUUAAGAGCACAGGGUCAAGUAGUAGAACCCUUAAAGGACUUUCACAAAGACGAAGUGAGACAAUUGGGAUGUGAUCUUGGACUGCCGCCUUCGCUUGUUGCUCGUCACCCGUUUCCUGGACCUGGGCUUGCUGUCCGCAUUCUGUGUGCAGACGAACCUUACAUGGAUAAAGAUUUCUCAGAAACGCAGGUGAUAGUCAAAAUAAUGGCGGAAUACGAGCAAAUGCUUCAAAAGAAACACGGACUGCUAAAUCGUGUAGAAAGCGCGACCAGUGAAUCCGAACGACAGCAUUUACGACGAGUUUCGAGUCAUUAUCAUAUCACUGCAACGCUAUUACCUAUACGCAGUGUAGGAGUACAGGGAGAUCGGAGAAGUUACAGCUACGUAGUAGGUUUAUCUAGCGAAGUAACCACGACGGAAGGAAUAGGGUGGGAGGAUCUAUUGUUCCUUGCAAAAUUAAUUCCGCGCGUAUGUCAUAAUGUAAAUCGUGUGUGUUACAUUUUUGGUCUUCAAUUGCAUUUUCCUGUAACGGAUAUCACACCGACUCAUCUUACGUCGAAUGUGAUAGCUACGCUCCGAGAAGCGGAUCAUGUAGCAAAUCAAAUGUUAGCUGCUAGUGGCUGUAUGGGGGCAAUCAGUCAGAUGCCAGUAGUUUUAAUUCCCUUACAUUUUAAUCGUGACGCUGCUUCUCGGAUACCUUCAUGCCAACGUUCAGUUGUUCUUAGGCCGUUCUGUACUAACGAUUUUAUGACUGGCACUCCGGCUAUACCAGGCAAGGAGUUGCCAUUGCAUGUGCUGAAGAAAAUGGUGAUCGAAAUAUCUGCAAUACCUGGUAUCUCGCGAGUUUUGUACGACUUAACAUCUAAGCCGCCGGGAACUACCGAAUGGGAGUAGUAAACGCUCAUCCCUAACUCACCCCUUUCUAUUUUUUCACCAUCCCUGCGCGUAACGAUUACAAAGUAAAAAGUAUAUUUAAAAAUAUAUAUAUAUAUAUUACAAAAAUA